GCAACCAAAACGGAAACUGGAGAAGAAUGGUUGGAUUAUGCAUUAUCACUGCCUCACCGGCGGCGGCGGCGGCGGCGGCCCCAACCGUGCGUCUCACGCCGCCGACCCUGCCGCCGCCGCUACGCCCGUCCUGCUGUGCCGGCUCCUUGGGCAGCAGGAGGCGCUCGCCGCAGCCCCCCUUGGCCACCGCCGCCGACGCGCCCCGCGGAGGCCCGAUCCCGGAGCCCGAGGAGGUCGACCAGCACUUCCUCGCCGCCCUCCGCGCCGCUCGCGUCCGGGACGAGGAGUCUCGCCGCUCAGAUCCUCUUUUCAUCGAUCCAUAUGCCGCAGUUCUUCUUUCACACGAUGUGGCACAUCGUCAUAUGGAUCAUCUAGUUUCACAUGCAGUGGCUUGCCAAGACCAAUAUAGGCUAACAACCAGAUAUAUUGAUGACAAAUUACAGAGUUUGAUCAGCAAUUCAGAAGAUAUUAGACAGAUUGUUCUGUUGACAGAUGGAAUGGACACUCGUCCAUACAGGCUGAGCUGGCCUAGGCUAUCUGUUGUAUAUGACGUGUCACCAGGAACAGUUUUCAGUGCAGCAACUCAGCAGCUUAGAGGAUCUGGAGCAAAAGUAUCACGAAAUUGUGUCGUGCUUCAUACUCCUUUGGAGUCCCCUGAUUUACAAGAGGGCUUGAGCAAAAAUGGUUUCAAUGGGAAUAGGCUCAGCUUGUGGGUACUGCAGGGUUUACCUCUGCCCACAACCACGAGUUUGGAAAAUCUCCUUCAUGUUAUAAGUAAUUUAGCAAUGAAAGGAAGUAUCUUCAUAGGAGAGCUGCCCAAUUUUCCAGAUUGUACGGCAUCAAUGGACAUGGCAUUGGAACAGGAGAAUCUGGAAAAGUUUUUCUUUACUCAGGGUUUUCGAGUCAACUUUGUGCAAUAUGAUGAUGUUGCAAAGGAUAUUGGCUUAGAUCUAGCUACUCCAUGGGAACGACGUGGCAGAAUGCUUUUUGUUGCAGAACAGCUGCGGUUUUCAGACGCACAGAUGGAGAGCUUCUGGAUGCAUUUUGAAAGAAUAGAGGAGGAUGCCGACGAAGAAGGAUUUGAGGAACUCUAGUCAGCUACGUGAUGCUUGAUGCAAAUGAGGCUCGAUAGUGGUUUACUGGUUUUAGCUUUGUGCAGAAACUUUGCCAUGGAUUAGAAGGGACCUGGUAGAAACAGGACCAUGCUGGUCAAACUGGAGCCAAGUUUCUUCAUGGAGAGUAGAAGAAUCAGCGGUCUUUAAAACAUAUUGAAUGUUUGAUCAGAAGAGGCAAGUACCAUUUUUUUCACUUGUUAUGUAAACAGUUUGCAUUAUCGGAGCAGAUGUGAAAGGCUGAACUGACUUGCACAUGGUCCUUUGCAAACAAACAAAGAGAAAACAUAAGCAUGGCGCAGUAUAGGAAUCCCAUAUGGAGGGAGGGAUCAAAUUUUUUGUAGCAGGAAUGUUCGGAUAUGUUUGUUAGCCAACACAUGACUUUUUUUUU